GUUUCCGUGGCAGCAUCACUUAGCUACAUCACACCCGCCACACACAGAGAGAGAGAGAGAGAGAGAGAGGGGAGUGGUCAUACACAGGGCCAUCAACAGGAAGAAAACAGAACACAAAGAACCUAGGACAAAGUGCUGGCCUGAAUCCUCUGUUCAUUCUUUGUGCUGAAUUCUGGAAUCUCAGGAGGUUCUAGAAUUCCUUAAUUGAGUGACAUCCUCAUUCCUCCAGGUAGGUCAGGUGUAUAAGAGAGACGCCCCCAGGAAGCCAGCAUGUCGAUGGGCAUGGAGAUUGUGGGCAUCGCCCUGGGAGUCAUAGGAUUCAUCCUGGGCAUCGUGGUCUGUGCUUUGCCCAUGUGGAAGGUUACAGCUUUCAUCGGAGCCAACAUCAUUACAGCCCAGACCAUCUGGGAAGGGUUAUGGAUGAACUGUGUGACCCAGAGCACGGGACAGAUGCAGUGUAAGAUCUAUGACUCCAUGCUGGCCUUACCUCAGGACCUUCAGGCUGCCAGAGCCAUGACAAUCAUCGCCAUCAUCCUGGGGAUUCUAGGGGUGAUGGUCUCCAUCGUCGGAGCCAAGUGCACCAACUGCAUCGAUGACGAAUCCGCCAAAGCUAAAGUCAUGAUCAUCUCCGGAAUCUUCUUCAUCCUGGCCGGUAUCCUCGUCCUCAUCCCUGUCUCCUGGUCGGCCAACACCAUCAUCCGAGACUUCUACAACCCCCUUUUGGUCGAGUCCCAAAGGAGGGAGCUGGGAGCCUCACUCUACAUCGGCUGGGGGUCGGCGGCCCUGCUCCUUAUCGGAGGAGCCAUGCUGUGCUGCUCCUGCCCCCCCAAGGAGGAGAAGAGGUACAAGCCRGCCCGCAUGGCCUACUCCGCCCCUCGCAGCGUGAGCGGGGGCACAGCGGGAUACGACAGGAAAGACUACGUCUGAGGGACUAUUUACCUGCAUGAUUGAACGGAGGGGAGAAAGGAUAGAGGAGUGAUAGAGGAGAAGUAGAUAGAUAGAGACAGACAGACAGACACACAGGUAGACAGACAGACAGAUAGAUAGUUUGCUAUCUGACAGGAAAAACUAGGAGACAACUCCUACUGAAAAGACUCCGAUAUGAAGGGAUGUGUGUUUUAAUGUUACUGCUUAGCUUUUCCUCCGCUUGGGUGUCUCUGUUCAGCGUCAUUGUUCAGCUUUAUAUAGGCUUGUGUGAAGUUUGGUAGAGGCUGUCAGACCCAGAUGCUGUACAUACAAUCCCAAAGGGGUAGGUUGACUACUGGUAAUGACUGGUUUUAUGGAAUAGUUUAAAUUCUAGUUGUUAUUCAUUCAUUUCAAACUUCAGAUGAUAAACCAAAGCCCUUUUGUUUCAGUAAACCGUACAGUUGAAGGGUCUUGGUUUUCAAGUACUUGGAAGAACUGCUUCAGUUACACAGCAUGUGGGCUCAUAUUUCUACUGCAGUAUGGAGGUCCCUAUUGCGUGUGUAGUUUACUGUUGGGGAGGUGGGAUUUUCUUUCACUGAAACGUUCAGUUAAAAAGUUUCAUUGUUGUCUCAUUAACACAGACCAGGAAGGACCAGCACUGUUUUUACAUAGAUUAGGCAAUGAGUUUCAGUAUGUGUGUGUGUGUGUGCGCACAUGCGUCUUUUGCAUGUAUUUGGUUGUGAGAGAUUCUGCCUCAGGUCAUGAUAUCAUAGAUUCCUUCCUCUUCACAGUUCCACUCUAUUUAGGCCUUUCUGUGUGUCUGUGUGUGUUUGUGUGUGGUGUAAUAACAUUUGUUUAGUAAUUUUUUUUUUACAAAUAAUUAAUAGCUUUUUAAUGCUGAAAAUGCUUUUUGUCAGAUUUUUGUCUUGUAAAUAGUAAGACAUGUGUAGUGUCAUUUGUAAAAGAAUGAGACUAUGUAUAGACUAAUUAUAGUUAGGAGAGUGAUGGUAAAGCAGGACCAUUGUCUGAGGUGACGUAUGGAGUCAGUCAGUCUCCUGUUUAACAAAGCAACUGUAAGAACUGUUUGGUGAGCAGGGAGUAGUACACCUGAAUGAGGGUUUAGACUGUGUGUGUGUGUGUGUGCGUGCGUGCGUGCGUGCGUGCGUGCGUGCGUGCGUGCGUGCGUGCGUGCGUGCGUGGAUGUGUACAUAGAGGGUGAGAGACUACCUAAUGAAAGGCAUGUGUGUCUAAGGUCUUAAUUUUCAACUGCAGGCAACCAGUCAGGUUUACCUACAAACGCCCAUAUAACCACAAUGGACAGCUUCAGUUGUUUAUUUGAAAUAAGUCAGCCAUUUUAGUUUUUUUAUUUAAAAUACAAUGCCUAGUUUCAAUACUUAUUGUUUGAUGGAAUGUGUAUCUUGUAAAUUGUCUUUAUAUACGUAUAUGUUAAGACAACAUUGCUUGAAUGAUGUCGUGUUUUGCAAUGGUCUGCUUCUCUCUACAUAUUCAGCUGUCCUCUACUAUGCUUCAAUAAAUGUGAAAAUGUA